AGGUGCAGGGUACUCCAGCUGGAAAAGGGAACGUCCACCACCCCUUCCUGAUAUCAGCUCUUGCUACAUAUUGAUUUCUAGCUACUGAAACCAACUAUUGCUUGGCUUCAUCAGCUAGCUCUCUCCAUACCGCAUCUGCGUUUCCUUGUGUUGUGUUUUGGAGCUCCAGGCAUAGCCAUGGCUGAGGUACUGGCCACCAUGGUGGUCGGGCCGCUGGUGUCCAUGGUGAAGGAGAAGGCCUCCAGCUACCUCCUGGACCAGUACAAGGUGAUGGAGGGCAUGGAGGAGCAGCACAAGCUCCUCAAGCGCAAGCUGCCGGCCAUCCUGGACGUCAUCACCCACGCCGAGGAGCAGGCAGCAGCCAAGAGAGAAGGGGCGAAAGUUUGGCUAGAGGAGGUUCGGAAGGUUGCCUACCAGGCGAAUGAUGUCCUCGACGAGUUCAACUACGAGGCGCUGCGCCGCAAAGCCAAGAAGGAGGGCCACAACAAGGACCUCAGCCUAGAUGUAAUGAAGCUCUUCCCUACUCACAACCGUAUUGUUUUCCGUCAUAGGAUGGCAAACAAGCUCUGCGUGAUCUUGAAAGAAAUUGAUGUCCUCGUCGCCGAGAUGAAUGCAUUUAGGUUCAAAUUCAAACCAGAGCAGCCAGAGCCCACAAAUUACUUAAGGCAGUAUAAUUCUAAUAUCAUCGACCCAACAAACAUCGCCAGCGAAUCGAGAGCUGACGAGAAGGAGGCAGUUGUUUCUACAUUGCUUGAUCAAGUCGGCAAUGAGAAUCUCACGGUCCAUCCAAUUGUCGGUAUGGGAGGGCUGGGCAAGACCACCUUAGCACAACUCAUUUACAAUGACCCUCAAAUCCAGAAGCAUUUCGAGUUGCGGCUUUGGGUGUGUGUCUCUGAUAACUUUGAUGCAGAUUCCUUGGCUGAUAGAAUAGUGAAGGAGAAUGGUUGUAAUCCAAGUGGAAGUUCAGCACGGGAGAAGCUUCAAAACGUAGUGAGUGGGAAGAGGUACCUUCUCGUACUGGAUGAUGUCUGGAACCGUGAUGAGCACAAGUGGGAAAGGCUGAAGUCCUACCUUCAACAUGGUGGCAAAGGUAGCUCACUGCUGACAACAACCCGUGAUGACAAAGUUGCUCAGCUAAUGGGUACAACAGAAGUAAAAAAUCUCAAAAGCUUAGAUGAAACCCACAUAAAGAAUAUUAUUGAAACAAAAGCAUUCGGUUCAAAACAAGUAGAGCAAAGGCCUCCUGAACUAGUUGACAUGGUUGGUGACGUAGCUAAGAGAUGUUCUGGCUCUCCUUUGGCUGCUACAGCUUUGGGCUUUGUACUGCGUACCAAGACCAGCAAGCAAGAAUGGGAUGCUGUACUAAAUAGAAGCACAAUUUGUGAUGAGGAAAAUGGAAUUUUACCAGUACUAAAAUUGAGUUACAAUUGCUUGCCAUCAUAUAUGCGGCAAUGCUUUGCUUUCUGUGCUAUGUUUCCCAAGGAUUAUGAGAUUGAUGUGCAAAGUCUAAUCCACCUAUGGAUGGCCAAUGGUUUUAUCCCAGAGCAACCAGGAGUGUGUCCCGAAACCAUUGGAGAAAAAAUUUUCAAUGAGCUGAAGUCAAGGUCAUUUUAUCAGGAUUUGAAGAGUGUCCCAUUUGAACAAAAAUAUGAUACUUUUGGACGGAUCAAGUAUAUAUAUUGUUCUAAAAUUACUUGUAAGAUCCACGACCUUAUGCAUGAUGUUGCAGAAUCUUCUAUGGGAAAAGAAUGUGCCGCAAUAGCUACACACCCAAGCCAAAGUGAGUAUGCUCUUCAUUCUGCUCGUCAUUUGUAUUUAUCAGUGUGUCAACCAGAAAAUCUUCUGAAUGCUUCCGUAGAGAAAGGAUCUCCAGCUUUCCAAACAUUGAUAUGUGAUCGAUAUGUAAAAGAAGAUUUGAAGAUCUUAUCAAAAUACAACUCUAUCAGAGCUUUAAAGAUCAAACGAGGUUCAUUCCUAAGGCCGAAAUAUCUUCAUCACCUGAGGUAUCUUGAUCUGUCAGAAAGUGAUAUUGAAGCACUUCCUGAAGACAUUAGCAUCCUAUAUCAUCUGCAAACACUGGACCUUUUUUACUGUUGUAAGCUUGAACGACUUCCAAAGGAACUGAAGUAUUUGACUUCCCUCCGUCACCUCUACACUCACGGAUGUAGAAAGUUGAAAAGCAUGCCCGGAGGGCUCGGACACCUCACUUCCCUACAGACACUUACAUGCUUUGUAGCAGGUACCGACUCCGGUUGCAGUAAUGUGAGAGAGCUGCAGGAUUUGGACCUCGGUGGUAGACUAGAGCUAAGACAGCUCGAAAAUGUCACAGGAGCAAAUGGUGCGCAAGCAGCAGGUCUUGGAAACAAGAAAAAAUUGACUGAACUGGAGUUAAGAUGGACUUAUGGUGAUCAAGAAGCACAAAAUAAUAAUCACAAAGAGGUGGUGGAAGGUCUCAAACCUCAUGAUGGGCUGAAGGUCCUGAGGAUAUAUUCCUGUGGGAGCAGUACUUUUCCAACGUGGAUGGAUAUGUUGAAUGGCAUGGUGGAGCUUGAGUUAUCUGGUUGCAAAAAGCUCGAGAAGCUUCCUGCACUCUGGCAGUUACCAGCUCUGGAAAUUCUUCACCUGACAGGAUUGGAGAGUUUACAUUGUUUGUGCAGCGGUGGUACUACAGCCGUCACAUUUCAGAAACUGAAGGUGCUUAUCUUGAUUAAGAUGCCAAUAUUUGAGGCAUGGUUGGACACAGAUGUGGUACAAGGAGAAGGGCCAAUAUUUCCCGAGGUUGAGAAGCUGGAGAUUCAUUUGUGUGGAAGUUUGACUGCACUACCAAAAGCAGCAUUAGUGAUUACGGAAUCGUCUGACGAAGUUGACACUAAGUGCCGCUCCGCAUUUCCAGCAUUGAGGAACAUGACGUUAACAUUUUUGAAUAUGUUUGAUAGAUGGGAGGCAGUCGAAGGAACUCCAGGAGACGGGGUAACAUUUCCUCGGCUCGUGGAACUGGGCAUCUGGGAUUGUGAAAGCCUGAGUGCACUACCAAAAGGAGGGUCAUUAAUUGUUAAACAAUUAUUUGGCCAAGCUGAAACUGUGUGUUGUCGCUCUGCAUUUCCAGCACUGAGGAAACUAAAGUUAUCUGGUUUGUGGGCCCUUGAGAGAUGGGGGGCAGCCGAAGGAACUCCAGGAGAAGAGGUAACAUUUCCUCUGCUGGAGGACUUGGAAAUUGGUUGCUGCCCGAAGUUGACUUAUCUACCUGAAGCACCCAAGCUAGGUAAAACUGUGUGUUGUCGCUCUGCAUUUCCAGCACUGAGGAAACUAGAGUUAUCUAGUUUGCGGGCCCUUGAGAGAUGGGGGGCAGCCGAAGGAACUCCAAGAGAAGAGGUAACAUUUCCUCUGCUGGAGGACUUGGAAAUUGAUGCCUGCCCGAAGUUGACUGAUCUACCUGAAGCACCCAAGCUAAGUGGAUUAGCCAUACAAGGAGAAGGUCAACAAAUAUCCCUGCAGGCAGCUAGCAGAUUCAUUCCUUCGCUGUCCAGUCUGAGUCUGGAUGUGUCACCCGAUGACACGGAAACAACAUUGCUGCAUGUCAAGCAGAAAUGGGAUCAUGAACUCCCCCUGGCAGCUAUGACGCUAACUAGGUGCGACCUUAUGUUCUCCUCCCACCCAGGUGCACUAGCGUUGUGGACAUGCUUUGCACGGCUUGUAGAUUUGACAAUUGAGAAUUGCGACGCUCUUGUCUACUGGCCAGAAAACGUGUUCCAGACCCUGGUAUCCCUAAGGAGGUUAUCGAUUUGGAGAUGCAGCAAACUGACAGGACACGCACAAGCUUCUGACGGGCAAUCUGCUCCAGAACGGGGUAGACUCCCGCCACGUCUGGAAUAUCUAUGUAUAAGUGGUUGCACAUCUUUGGUGGAGGUCCCCAACCUGCCGGCAUCUCUCAAGGAAUUAGGUAUUGGUUUCUGCAGUGAUAAUAUCAAGUCCAUCAUAUUCGGUCAGCAUGAGUACGUGAUGCCAGUGGGUGGAGAAGUUGUCGUAUAGCCGGACAUGUCAUCAUUAAUUCCAGGGUCCAGCGGUAGUGAGGCCACGGUUUCUACAGCUGUACUAAAGCUGUCAUCAGCAGCCAACCAUCGCUCCCUUCCAUGCCUAGAAUCUCUAAGUAUAUGGAAAUGCGAUCGUUUGUCAGAGGUUGCCAAUCUUCCUCCGUCUAUCAAGUUCUUGGACAUUGAUAGCUGCGGCAACCUUAAAUCUCUAUCUGGAAAGCUAGAUGUCAUCCAAAAUUUAAAUAUUCGGUUCUGCGAUAGGUUGGAGUCACUGGAAUCUUGCGUAGGAGAGCUCCGAUCUGUGAAAGAACUCAGGCUUCUUCAUUGCAGAAGCCUGGUGUCCUUACCGGAUGGGCCUCAAGCAUACUCAUCUCUUAGAUAUCUUGAUAUUGAUGGUUGUGAUGGUAUAAAGUCACUUCCGCCGGGCCUACAGAGCCAUCUGGAUUGCCUCGAGGUGAAUUUUAUAGAUGCCCGUUACAAAGGAUCACGGCCUGAUCUGCCAGAAACGACUUGGAAACGUGCAAUCAGGACGCUGGCAUGCUCGAAGUAGCAGAUUGAGGACCUAAUAAAGAAAGUUACCAUCAAGUUUUUUUUGAGGGGAUAUCACCAAGGAUCGUUGUUACCAGACCUGCAAAUGAUGGAUUAUUGUGACCGUGGUAGAAUAUAUUACCUACACUUACUGAAGAUAAUCUCCAGUGAAGUCAAGUCCAAGUCCUUGAUUUUGAGCAGAAACAAGUCAUAGACUGCAUGCUGAAGAAUUUGUAGCAUUUAGAGCUCCAUGGUCCAGUUUGUUAUCCUUCAUUUUCUUUUCUUUUGAACUAUGAUGAGUUUGAGUUCAGUGUCUGCUCCAGCACAAGCGAAACACAGCUAGCACUUUCUUUU